AUGGCUCCCACGGCCCUUGAACAGGAGAACCAUGCGCGCGAUGCGGAAUUCAACCGCAUCCUCCAUGGCAAGUCCGCUCAAGCUCAGGGUGGCUUCGCUGCCAUGCGCAGCAAGGAUGCCGAUGCACAGAAGGCUGCUGUCGACGAGUACUUCAAGCACUGGGACAACAAGGGCCAUGAGGAGGAAACUGAAGAGACCCGCGCGGCCCGUCGAGCGGAGUAUGCGACCUUGACCAGACACUACUACAACCUCGCGACCGAUUUCUACGAAUACGGAUGGGGUACUUCGUUCCAUUUCUGCCGUUUCGCUGCUGGCGAGCCCUUCCACCAGGCCAUCGCUCGCCACGAACACUACCUCGCUCACCAGAUCGGCAUCAAGAGCGGCAUGAAGGUUCUCGAUGUUGGCUGCGGUGUUGGCGGUCCUGCCCGUGAGAUUGUCAAGUUCACCGACGCCAACGUCGUCGGCCUGAACAACAACGACUACCAGAUCGAGCGCGCCACCCGGUAUGCUGAGCGCGAAGGGCUGAGCCACAAGCUGAGCUUCACCAAGGGAGACUUCAUGCAGAUGAGCUUCGAGGACAACUCUUUCGAUGCUGUUUACGCCAUUGAGGCCACCUGCCACGCCCCCGAGCUGGAGGGUGUGUAUUCGGAAAUCUUCCGUGUCCUGAAGCCCGGCGGUGUGUUCGGUGUCUACGAAUGGCUUAUGACUGAUGAAUACGACAACGACAACGCUGAGCACCGCCGGAUCCGUCUCGGCAUCGAGCAGGGUGACGGUAUCUCCAACAUGGUCCCCAUCUCGGUGGGUCUCGAGGCCAUGAAGAAGGCCGGUUUUGAGCUCCUCCACAACGAGGACUUGGCUGCCCGUCCCGACAAGAUCCCUUGGUACUACCCCUUGGCUGGAUCCUUCAAGCACAUGACCUCCCCUUGGGACUUCCUCACCAUUGCUCGCAUGACCUGGUGGGGCCGUGGCAUUGCCCACCGCUUCGUCGGUGCCAUGGAGAAGAUCGGUCUUUUCCCCCAGGGCUCUCAGAAGACCGCCGACAGCUUGGCGCUGGCCGGUGACUGCCUGGUGGAGGGAGCUCAAAAGAACCUGUUCACUCCCAUGUACCUCAUGGUGGGCCGCAAGCCCGAGUAA